UCAUCUGCAACGACCAUCAUGCGUUGCGUCCCCUCCUGCUUCCAACUUGACCUCUCUCCAUCUUCUUCUUCUUCCUCCUUUCUUCCAUUUUUACCCCUCCUCAAUUCUCAUUUUUACCCUGCCAGACCUUCCCCCAACUUCACCGCCUCCGCCCUAAACUCACGCACCUGCUUUCUUUUCUUCGCUGUCUCAGCUUCUUCUCCUUCUUCUUCUUCUUCUCCUUCUUCUCAUUCUUCUACGCCAACCAAAGAUAUAUGGAGAAGAUCACCACUGCACAAAACCACGCUCUCUUCUUCUCCAUACAGACACCAGAGCAAGCAGGAACCGGCCUAUCUAGAUCACAGUAUAGACAUGGAUGAGUUGUUAGCAUCUAUAAGGCAAACCCAAAACGAGCAACAACUCUAUUGUUUAAUGUCUCCCUACAAGGGUCGACAACUCUCUAUCCGCUUCAUGGUUUCGCUUCUUUCCCGCGAAGCCGACUGGCAAAGGUCGCUUGCUUUGCUCGAUUGGAUUCACGAAGAGGCAAUGUAUUCGCCUUCGGUGUUUGCAUACAACGUCGUUCUGCGUAAUGUACUUCGUGCGAAGCAGUGGGUCGUGGCUCAUGGCCUGUUCGAUGAAAUGCGCCAAAGAGCUCUUGCUCCUGAUAGAUACACGUACUCUACUCUCAUCACCUAUUUUGGAAAAGAUCGUCUGUUUGAUUCCGCCUUAUCUUGGCUCCAAAAGAUGGAAGAAGAUCGUGUCUCGGGUGAUCUUGUUCUGUAUAGCAACUUGAUUGAGCUUUCCCGUAAGUUGUGUGAUUACUCUAAAGCCAUUUCUAUCUUUUCAAGGUUGAAGAGUUCUGGAAUCACCCCGGACCUUGUAGCCUAUUACAACACUAUGAUCAAAAUAUAUGGGAAGUCUCUUGAGCACGAAAAGGCAACUAACCUUGUGCAAGAAAUGCAGAGUAGAGGGAUUGAACCCAAUGCUAUUACAUACUCCACAAUAAUAUCUAUCUGGGGCAAGGCAGGGAAACUGGAUAGAGCUGCAAUAUUGUUUCAAAAGCUAAGGACUUCCGGGGUUGAGAUUGAUCAAGUCCUAUAUCAAACGAUGAUUGUGGCUUAUGAGAGAGCUGGUUUGGUUGCUCACUCUAAGCGAUUGCUUCAUGAACUCAAACGUCCUGAUAACAUUCCUAGGGAUACUGCAAUUUUAAUUCUUUCAAGAGCUGGUAGGAUAGAAGAGGCUACAUGGGUUUUUCGUCAGGCUUUUGAUGCUGGGGAGGUGAAGGACAUAUCUAUAUUUGGGUGCAUGAUUGAUCUUUAUUCAAGGAACAGAAAGCCAGCAAAUGUGAUUGAAGUGUUUGAGAAGAUGAGAGAAGCAGGAUACUUUCCUGAUUCUAAUGUUAUAGCUCUGGUUCUGAAUGCUUAUGGAAAAUUGCAGGAAUUUGAGAAGGCAGAUGCUGUAUAUAGAGAGAUGCAGGAAGAAGGGUGUGUUUUUCCAGAUGAAGUGCACUUUCAAAUGCUGGGUCUAUAUGGUGCGAAGAAGGAUCUUAGUAAGGUAAAUUCCCUGUUUGAGAGAUUGGAACUUGAUCCUAAUAUCAAUAGAAGGGAGUUGUAUCUCGUUGUUGCUAGCAUUUAUGAGAGAGCAAAUAGAUUAAAUGAGGCUUCUCGUAUCAUGAACAGAAUCGGUGAAGAAAGAACUUUGAAGACUUUUUAACCAAUUCAAGUCUAUUUCUGUACUCAAUGGAAAUCUUAUUGUUGUAAAUUGCCUGUUGUUAAGCUACUCACUGUAUAUACUGUUGGCACAAGAAGGAGAAUGUGUAAAGAUUUUUCAUGUUUUGUGG